GUAAGAGCCGCAUUAGAGAUGGUCGAUUUCCAUUGAUAUGCGCUAAAUAGCAAGCUACAAGAACUUUUGCAUUGUGCCAUUGCUAUUCCAAUGAGUUUGGCGCCAUUACAUCAAGAGCUAAACCAUUCAAAUUCGUGGUAAUGUGAGUGAACACGCGCCCAAUCGAUAAGAUACAUUAUCGAUAUGUUAGACACAGUGCUGCGUUUAGUCCAUCGCUAAUAAUAAUCAAUAAACAGAGCACUUCUUUUGGACGGUCAAGCAAAAUAGGAAAUAUCUUUUAUAAAAAGAGCAUCGAUUUGUAUGCAAAGUGUGUUUAAAACAGCGUUGGUGAGUGAAACAUGUCCAAAGAACAAGUGGGCGAGUGUGAGAAGAGUCAGAAGGUGGAACAACCCAAACAGAAGACCAACAGCGACGAUGAUGAUGAUUCCGAAUCAGAUGAGUAUCAAUCGGCGGGCGAGGGUGACGACGAUGAUGACGAUACAACAACUGCGACGGCGACGACAACAGCAACAGCCCAAACACAAGCAGCAGCAACAAAAACAACAAUAGCAAAUGAACAACCAAAAAAAACUGCCCCAGAGCCUGCCCCACUGCCCGAUGACUGUGUCGAGUAUCCAAUGCAUCGGAGCGUUUUUGAAAACGACAUUCGAACGCUGCAGCGUCGCUUGCUGCUGAGCACAGCGGCCAGUGAAGUAGCUACCAGAGACACGCACGGCAAUACACCGCUCCAUCUGGCCGUCAUGCUGGGCAGAAGCUGUUGUGUGCGCCUCCUGUUAGCCCAGAAUGCGCCCGUCAAGGUAAAGAACAAUGAGGGCUGGUCACCGCUGGCCGAAGCCAUUAGCUAUGGCCAUCGUCAGACCAUAACACAAGUGCUGCGCAUGCUGAAGCUGCAGUCGCGCGAACACAUGGAGAGUCGACGCGAACGACUCGUGCAAGCGCUGCAACAGAUGCAGGACUUUUAUAUGGAGUUCAAGUGGGAUUUUCAGUCGUGGCUGCCGCUUGUCUCUCGGAUCUUGCCCUCAGACAUUUGCCGGCUCUACAAAUGCGGCGCAUCGCUGCGUCUGGAUACCACGUUGGUGGACUUUAAUGAUAUGCGCUGGGAUCGUGGCGAUAUCUCGUUUUUGUUUCGAGGCGAAGCGCCGCCCAACGAGUCGUUGGUGCUGCUGGACAAUGAACAGCAGUGCUAUCAACGUUUACGCUACGAGGAAUCUGACAUGGAAGACGAGGUGGAUGUACUCAUGUCCACGGAUAUAUUGGCCACACAAAUGUCCACCAAGACAAUACAGUUUGCGCGCGCCCAACGUGGCUGGCUUUUUAGAGCGAAUCGCAAGGAAUUAAUUGGUGGACAGUAUCAAUGUGAGAUCUAUACCAUACAGGGACUGGUGUUAAAGCAGCGCAAGCGACGAGAGCAUCUAUCCCACGAGGACUUGCAAAAGAAUCGCGCCAUUGUCGAGACAAUCACCAAAGGUGGCAGUGGAGGCGGCAGCGUCGGAGUCGGCGGCCAGCUUGACUCGAAUGCAGCAACGACACCAACGGGAAGCAGUCUCACAUUACCAGAGCUACCGCGUCGCAGUUCGUUGCAACCGCCACCUGCCACAAGUGUGACCUGGUCGGAGUACAUAAGCGCACCCGUUGGCAAAUGUCCGCAACUGGGUCGGACACCAGUUCACAAGCAAUCGAACAAAACGCUGCGUGCCACGGUUGCGAUGAGUGCUGAUUUUCCGCUCAGCGUGGACAUGCUCCUCGAUGUGCUUGAGGUGGUGGCACCGCUCAAGCACAUAAACAAGUUACGGGAGUUUGUAACACUUAAACUACCCACGGGCUUUCCGGUUAAGAUCGAGAUACCUGUGCUGCACACGGUGACGGCGAAAGUGACGUUUCAGAAAUUUGAGUUUCGCGAUAAUAUACCCGCAAAACUGUUUGAAAUACCAUCGCACUAUUGGGAGGAUGUGCGGCGUUUCCAUGACUUAUGACCUAGCGAUGAAUCAUCGUCAUCCUCAUCAGCAGCCAACACGCCCAGCUCCGCCAAGCCGAUGGAUUUGAAUCGCAACAGCAGCAGUAGCAGCAGCGGAAAGGGCAAAAGCGGCAAUAGCAGCAAUCGAACGUCCAUUGCGGACUUUGAUUAAGAAUGGCAGGCGGUCCUCUUUCAAUUCCCUUUGUUACUCCCCACUUGCCCCCAAACGCUUGCUUUCAACAGUCAGAAAGAAAAUUGCAAUUUUCACCACAAAAUUAUCAAUCGGUUAAAUUAUAGAAUGUGUGUCCCCCCUUCAUUUUUAUUUCGUUCAUUAAAAUGUAACGCUCUGAAAAUUGCAAUUUUAUACUAAGAAAAGAGAAAACAACAAAUUGAAUUUGUUUUGGACACCUGUGUGUCGAUUUAACUAACUGUAUUUCAUAUGUUGUAACGCUGAUCAAUCCCUAACAAGUGUCAUUGUCGCAAUACCGAUUAUACACGGUACCCAAAGCAAGCUAAAUAUUUUCAGUAUAUACAUAUGUAGGUAAGGUAGAUCAUUCAAGUAAGUAACCCAUAACCUCGGUCUGUCUGUCUUCCUGAAUAAUUUUUAGUCAACUUAUAUGAGAACAAUCAAGUGUUGUGCAUUUCUAAAACUUAGUUGAAAGUUAAUAACCUUGUAAUAUUCAGAUCAAUACCCUUUAUUACACUUCCCUAUCAUAUUUUGUAUAUUGCUUUCAUAGCUAUGGGUACCGGGUAUCUCAAAGUCGAAUAUAAUCGACUAUAACUUUCGUACAUUUGUUAAGGUUCAUGUUUUUACCUUCAUUUUUUGUAACACUUUAUUAUAUUUAUUGUUGCAAUAGGCUGAUGAGUUUAUGUGAUUUGACUUAGCUUAAUAACAUUCUGCACAGAUUUGUCAUGGUUAAAAAAAUUAUCUAAUCGUGACUCGUGCUUUUGCUCCCGUCCACUUUUCUUUAUCUGGCGUAAUGAUUCAGUUCUGGCAGCAGUGAUAAUAAAACACUGUCAAGUGGCUAGCAAAACACAUUUUCAUUUUCAAAUAUCGUCAAUCAAGAAUCAACUUUCUCAUCAGUUAAUCACAAACAAUAUCAAAAUGUAGUCGAUUUAAUUAUCAGUUGUUGAUUUAUUAUCAUUUGUAGAGCGAGCGAUAUUCAACAAAGUUGUAUACGCAAUUGUAUAUUAUUUUUUCGUAUUAUAUGUUCAUUUUUUUGUAAUAUUUAGUGCAAUUUUCAAUUUUGUUUUAAGCUAAGUAAUAACAUCGUAAAUAUGUAUUUACGAAACCGAAAAACAUGCCACUUGAAAGCUCUUUUACUCUUUCCAUCAAACUAAUUUAAUGAUGAUUUUAAGGAUGAUCUACUUAUAAUAUCAUUUAUCAUACGAAAGAGUAUACCAUGAUGUUUGCCUAGUAAUAGUUAAAUAACAAAUGUCUACUAUCUAAGUUAUUUAUGUAUUAAGCUAAAACAAUCGUCCGCUAAUCGUUUCCUAAACAAAGUUUCAUAACCAACAAAAGUAUUUUCGAGGUCACAAAAAGUUAGACAGCUUCAGAAUAUAAACAACUUUAUGUACACAGAUAGUUCCAAUUUCAUUCAUGCAUUUAUUUAUUUUACUUCGUAUGUGUGUAUUGUAUAUACUAUUUUGUUUAUUAACAUGUGGCUAGCGCUACAACUUUUACCACUUAAUCCGCAUUGAUAGCCCAUAAUAUUUAUGCUUAUUUAUUAUUAUGUUUUUUUCCACAAAAAUGUUAUUGUUUAUUGUGUAGAAAGCACAAAUUUGCUAUGUAACCACAAUACCGCUAGGGAAAUAUUAUCCCAAUAUCAAUAUAAAUAAA